AGGAAAAUUUGUCCACUUCCAUAGCCUUAGGAGAUUGGAAGGAGAAGGCAAGAAAUGGCAGCAUUGACCUUAGAUUUAGCGGACUUUGAAAACUCUCAAACUGCCCCCUCUCAUGCAACUUGUUUUAUCUCUUCCUUCUCUUUUUCUUGUUAUUAAUUAUUGAAAAGCCAUCACCUUUCUUUUCUUCUUUCUUCUUUUUCUUUUUUCCUCUCGUCUGCUUCCUCGGUUUGAUAAAAACAGAGUGACCCAGAUCAGUUUUGGAGGCAAGUAAGAUUACCCAUCAAGUUUACUAAAGUGGGAAUUUUGAUCAAUCUGCAACUGUGUCAGGACCUGAUUCGAGUACUUCUGUGAUUAUUGAUUACUCAUAGUGAACCUUAUUGAGAUUUGAUAUAUACUUUAGGAGAAAGCUCCAGUAAGGAUCCUGGAGUUUUGAGUUUUAAGUCUGAGAGAUUCUUGGAGUCAAUCAGAAGAGGUUUUAGAUGGCAGGUGUACAAGAUCAGUUAGAGAUCAAGUUUCGGUUGACUGAUGGAUCGGAUAUAGGUCCCAAGAGCUUUCCUACUGCUACAAGUGUUGCAACCUUGAAGGAAAGCAUUCUUGCUCAAUGGCCUAAAGGAAAGGACAAUGGUCCACGGACAGUCAAAGACGUUAAGAUAAUAAGCGCGGGAAAGAUAUUGGAGAACAGUAGAACAUUGGGGGAGUGCCAGAGUCCCCUAUGUGAUAUCCCAGGUGGUGUUACAACCAUGCAUGUUGUUGUUCAACCUCCAUCUCAGGAGAAAGAAAAGAAAGCAGCUAGCCAACCGAAGCAGAGCAAAUGCGUUUGUGUUAUAUUAUAAUUUUCGAUUCCGGCAGUGCCAAGACAUCAUUCACAGAUAAGCGGCAUUGGAGCUGGUAUAGAUAAUUGAUUUGGUGAAUUGCGCAUAGAUGAGAGGCAGUGGCACUAAGCACGUUUAGGAUAGGUCAUGUUUUUGGGAAGUUUACUCUCUCUUCAUAUGGCUGUUGCAUUUUCAUCCAUUUGGUUUACCAUGUCCAUUGUUAAGUUGUUGAUUAGACUCCACUAUCAAGCAACAAUACCCAGAUACAGUAUCUGAAAUUUGUGUCUCCUAUUGUGUUUAUUACCAUAUUUAAUGCUUUUAAUCUGUUUUACAUGUAUAAUUAUCAUCGGUGGUUCUGGAAUCAGACUUGGUACUCCAAUUCUUGUUGAUGCUUUCAUGCUUUACAAAGUGGAAAUGCUCGAAGUUCUGAGUUGUUGCAGUACAGGUUAUCGAUUGUUGAAUACUUUUUUACUACCUUCAAACAUAUCCUUCUUCAAAAAUGUACUAAUGGGCAUCCAGAUGCCUUGAGGAAGAAGCAAUGUUUAUCCAAAAAGAAAUUUAUUAAAUUCCAUGGCUGAAAUGUUCAA